CACUCCUUCUUCCUCCACCAUCCUCUUCUCCAAUUAACAAACCUCUUAACUCUUUUCUCUACAACAAGAGCGCAAGCUCGAAAGCGCUCCUUGUUCUUUCUUUCGUUUUCUCCUUUAUCAAAACCCUCAAUAGUAAAAUUUAGAACUCUCUUUUUUUUUUUUUUUUGAUAAUUCACAACACAAAAUGGCUAUUAAACUAGCAAUUCUGUUUACCACAUUUGUCCUUUUUAGCCUUGCCGACGCUAGAAUCCCCGGCGUUUACUCCGGCAGUUCAUGGCAAAACGCACACGCCACUUUUUACGGUGGCAGCGACGCCUCCGGCACUAUGGGAGGAGCUUGCGGUUACGGUAACCUGUACAGCCAAGGGUACGGGACCAACACGGCAGCUUUGAGCACGGCGCUGUUUAACAACGGUAUGAGUUGUGGGGCCUGCUUUGAGCUCAAAUGCGCCAACGACCCUCAAUGGUGCCACUCCGGUAGUCCUUCGAUCCUCAUCACCGCAACCAAUUUCUGCCCACCAAACUUGGCUCAGCCCAGCGACAACGGAGGAUGGUGCAACCCGCCACGUGAACACUUCGACCUAGCCAUGCCUGUCUUCCUCAAGAUCGCUCAAUAUCGCGCCGGCAUUGUUCCAGUCUCAUACCGCAGGGUGCCUUGUAGAAAGAGAGGAGGAAUAAGGUUCACGAUCAACGGUCACCGUUACUUCAACUUGAUUCUGAUCACUAACGUGGCUGGAGCAGGAGACAUCGUGAGGGCAAACGUGAAAGGUUCACGGACUGGUUGGAUGAGUUUGAGCAGGAACUGGGGUCAAAACUGGCAAUCCAACGCAGUUUUGGUUGGUCAGUCACUCUCAUUCCGCGUCACAGGCAGUGACCGUAGGACAUCUACUUCGUGGAACAUGGUUCCAUCUAACUGGCAGUUUGGUCAAACCUUUGUCGGGAAGAAUUUCAGGGUUUAAGUGCCGAGUUUCGAGUAACUCGAAAAUUUGGAGGAAAUCGAAAAAAUAUUAAAGUGGUUCGAGACAAAAGAAAACUCUCCGCUAAUUUCGCUAUUCCUCUUUUUUUUUCUUUAGUUUUCAUAUAUGGGGGAAAGUAUCUUUGACUUUUGUGUGUUUUCACUUUUUUUUUUUUGUGAUGUUUUUGGGGUUUGGUGUUUUUUAAUUGUGUGAGUGGUAAAGGGGGAAAUGGAAAGAGAAAGUGAGAGUAGCUGAAGUGGCUGUGAGAAAAUUUUGUAACAGCCCGCAGCUAUUAAAAGUAUUUUACAUGGUUAGUUGGGUUGUAAGUUACAACUUGUAACGUUUAAUUUCUGUGUAAUCUAAAAAAACAUGGUUGUAUUAUGAUACUUUUCUAUA